GGAGGGGGCCACGCUGCUCUGGGAUCCUCUCCGACUCCACAGCGCCGCUGGAGGAGGCCGGGGGGGAUGCGAGCCACUGGUCUGUCUUCCCGACACCAUGCUCGCUCUCCUAGGCUCGGCGGCCCUGGUGCUGGUGGCCGGGGCGCCUUGGGUGCUGCCUGCAGCCGCAGGUGAAGAUCUGGAACCUCCUGGGGAUAUAGACGUCUAUAUUAUAGAUGACAGCUUUACCCUAAAGUGGAGCCGCAAUGAAGAGUCAGUGAACAAUGUGACUUUCUCAGCAGAAUAUCAAACAGACGAGAUGGAGAACUGGUUAAAGAUGCCCGAGUGUCAACACAUUAUGGGGACUGAAUGCGAAUUCUCCUUACGGGAUGCAAAUAUUUUCACCUACAUGAAGUUUCGUGUGAGAGCUGAGAAAGGAAAGCACACUUCUUCGUGGAAUGAGGUCGAGCAGUUCAUUCCAUUUCAGAGAGCUCACAUUGGCCCCCCGGGAGUACGUUUGGAAGCUGAAGACAAAGCUAUAUCAGUCCACAUCUCUCAACCGGGAGAAGGUGGGAAGAUGUGGGCAACCGAAACUUACAACUUCAUGUACCAGAUAGUGUUCUGGCAGAAGUCUUCAGGUGUGACCCAAAAUGUUACAACUAAGUAUUGCAUAGAAAAGAUUUUAAAACUGUCACCAGAGACUACUUACUGUUUAAAAGUUGAAGCCAUACAUCUGUACCUCAGGAAGCAGAGCAACUUCAGUGAAGUGCAGUGUAUAAACACCACAAAGGCAAAUCGAUUGCCUGUGCCAGAAAACCUAGAAGUGGAUGCCCAGGGUGAGCGCUAUGUUCUCAGCUGGGACUAUGCAUCUCCAGACGUGAGCUUCAGAGCAGAGUGGCUCCCGCGCUAUUUAAAAAGUGUUCCUGAAGGAUGUUCAGGUCAAUGGAGACCAGUGCCUGCCUGUGCAAAUGUCCAGACUCCACGCUGUGUCUUUCCUCAAAACACCACCCACACGAAUACGUUCUUCCUCCGGGUACAAGCCUCAGAUGGAAACAACACAUCUUUCUGGUCUGAAGAGAAACUUAUUGAUUCCCAAGAAUACACUGCCAUUCGUCCUCCAACCGUUGCCAUCACUCCCACUGGGAAAUCUCUGCUUGUCAAUGUGAGCUGUCAGGACAGUUCCAACAAGUGUCACGGACUAAAUUACGAAAUAAUUUUUUGGGAAAUCUCUUCAAACACUAAGAAAAAAGUGGUGCAGAGUAGCCCGGAGUUCACCAUCAUGAACCUGCCGCCGCUGACUGUGUACUGCGUGGAAGCGAGAGUGUACCCCUUUGCCUCGGAGCACAAGAGCAGCAACUUCAGUAACAGGGUGUGUGAGAAAACAAGGGCAGGGAAUUCUCCUGUAAUCUGGGCCGUGACUGGACUUGGCAUUCUGUUUUUUUGUGCCCUGGUCUUUUAUGCUGGGAAGAGCAUCCUGAAAGACCUCAGCCGUGUCUUUUCAUCACCCAAGCCUCCCCCAAGUAUCCAUGAGCUUUUCUCUGAGCCGCCUUCGAAAAUCCUUCUGCUUUUGACUCCUGAGGAGCACACCGAGAGGUGCUUCAUCAUCGAGAGCGCAAACCUGGUUACUGUAGCAGAAGAAAACCAUGCGCCUGAGGAAGAUCACAGAAAGUACAGUUUCCAGACCAGCCAGGACUCGGGGAACUACUCUAACGAAGAGGAAGGUACCGGGAGUGAGAGCAGCCAAGGGCUCAGGCCAUAGGACUGAGUCUGCCCGCAGUGGGCUCUUUCAGAGUUCCAUGUGGGAAGGCCAAGGAACACACCUUUGUCCUCCUGGGACUUGAGAGAGGGCGGCUGCUCCUUGGGAAAGGAGGAGCAUCUUCAGAGCCCAGGCGUGCAGAUGCGGCAGCUCUCCGCCGCUGAUGUGGAGGGGCAGGGUCUGGAGUGAUGGACCUUCGUCUGUGAGGAGACAGGCCUCACUGAAGGUGGCCGCCCAUUUCUGCUGCCGGCUGAAGUCCCGGGGUGCUGUCUUGUGCCACAGCGGUGGCCCGUUGCUGCGUAUGCCAUCUGGUGUUCUCCCACUGUUCAUUUUCUAGAAGAAAUCCAGAACAUUCGGCUUUUUACUACUGCCGUAGCCCCUAAGGUGUCUCAAAGGUGCUAUUGUCUGCACUGGCACUUCCUAACCCCUGACUUGCCACAGCAGUGGCGUCUGACUAGAACUCAGAGGGUAACUCUCCAAGCCGAGGAGUUGGCGUUAAAUAGUGGAUAGGCAGUCUAGCGCUUGUAGGAGCAGAAGAUGCCGGCAGCAGACGGAAGUGAAAUCAUUCCGGAAGGAGUAAGCUGGAGCACCAUUGACAGCCCAUGCCGGCGUCUGUAUGUAGCUUUUCUUUGUUCCUCUGUAAACCAGGCCGACCUCUCCCGUCCAGCAGUAUUCAGGGACCCUGUCUCAGAAUCCGUGUAGCUAAAGAAACAGUGUCAAAUACUAAGGCGAAGGAAGAGUUGAUUGUGUACCGCCGUCUGCAGGUGCCUGUAACUAACUUUACAUUGCUGCUCAUGAGUGUCUAUUGUAGGCAGGUCAUCUAACGGUCCCUGUUGUGUUCCUUUCCCAGAGCCUACGAAUGUAUGAGUAUUUACAGACAGGGGUAGAUACAUGUACGUACAUGUGUAUAAAGUACAGAGCCCAGCAGGCUAUGAUACUUCAGACAACCUUGUAUUUCUCCUGGGCCCUGGGGGCAUGUGUUACCGAAGCCUCCCACCCCCAGUGUAGCCUCGUGUACCUGGCCUGCUUGGUUCCUUCGGUGUCUGUCUCCCCUCUCGUGCAAAAGCUUCACGCAGGGACCAAGUUCCCCACUGUGACCCAACCCCAUCAUAGUGUGGGUACUCGGCACAGACGUCUUGUCCUUUUGUUUAUCUGCCUGAGUGUCUGCCACUGCCAUGGUUUCACAGAACAAACACUGGAGCCAACACUCGGAGUUUUGGCAGGUGCUACUUUGAAGUUGGCUUCUGUGUGCCAGGGGUGCUGAGACAGAGCCCUCCAAAGACAUUCCCAGCAGCAGGACACUGCGGACGGUGUCCGGUGGGCAGCAGCCCUGCACGUGGCGUCACGAGGUGAGCUGUGUAGCACUGUUGCCCUCUGGCUUCCCGGAUCCAGACUGCUCACCUUUGCCAGUGUCGGUGUCACCUGUCCCUCCGUCUCACAUAUCCUGAGAUCCCUUCUGCUUGGAGGGUGAACACAACUCGUGUUUGUCAGUUUCCUUCCUCACAGUGGAGGAAAUAAUAAAUUUAUCAUCUUUAUUC